AUGGUGCCGCUUGAGGAACUGGAUCAAGGCAUUCUUAAUGAUUUUCUCCCUGAUUUUACAAAAAAUGGAGGUAGGACUCACUGGCCUGUAAUUAUUCGCAGAUGCACGACUUCCACGCUUAAAAAGCCGAGUGAUGAUAGCGGACUUCCAAUCAGAGGGCGAGCAUCAAGUAAGAAAUGACGUUCGAAAGAUCAAGGCUAACGUCUCGGACAUUUCGCGAACUAGCUCCAUCAGCAGCUUGGCAGCGGAAAUCUUACCUCGUUGUGUACGUGCGCCCAGGUAGGAGAAUAUUGAAUUUCAAUGUUUAUCGCCUAUUCCGAAAGACGACCGUUUGAAGAGAAGAUGAGCAUGGCCAACACGAUCAAAAGCCUUAGUGAUAUCGAAAUAUACUCUGUAAAGUGCAAAACCGUUGUCCCUCGACUUAAGAACGUGUUCACUGCCAUCGCCUAACCUUCUCAAACGUGCACUUAAUGCCUACGGGCAUUCUGAGCGCCAAAUGGACUUUUUAGACACCUCCGGACUGACUGUAGCUCCCCGACUACACUAACCUUCUCCCCCCUCACUUCCCACGCCGUACCCACGCCCUCCCGAACCACCAGUGCUAUUCCCCUCCUCCUCCUCCUCCUCCUCCUCCUCCUCCCCCCUCUCUACUACCUCAUCGUCUGCCGCUGUGGCGUCUGCCAUGCUCAUCGACAUUACACACAAUCCCGAAACAUCAACAGACGUCAACACCACCACCACCACCGUCAACACCACUGAUAAGGACCCGGUCUAUACCUGUCCUAAUUACGAUCGCAUCUCCACUGCACGCAUCGGCCUGAUCGGUCACUUGCGAAUCCAUCGCAGAGAGACUGGCGGACCAGUGUCUGGAGCACUAACCUGCAAUCGCCGCACCCGUCUCCACAGUCCGCAUUGCAAUCGCACAUUAAUUCAUCGCAUGGGUCUGUCCGGCCACAUGCGCGUCCACGCAGACCUGAAGUAG